ACACACACCCCGCGGCUCCUCUCUCUCUCUCUCUCACACACACACACACACACACACACAGUGACACGGACCCGGGAUGGAGCUGACCCUGCAGCAGAUCGCCCUCCUGCUCGCGCUCCUCUCCGGGGUGCGGACGCAGAGGACUCAGCCGUGUUACGCCGAGCACGAGUUGGAGCGCGCGGCGCAGCGGAAGCUGCAGCACCACUACCCGCAGCCGGCGGAACCCGCGCCCUCCGCAGCCGGCGGCGGCGGCGCGUGCCCGAUCGACCUGUACGCGCAGAUGUUGCGGAGCAGCGAACACAACGACCGGUCCGUGUCCCCGUGGAGAUACGAGACCGUCUCGCUGCCGGACCACUACCCGUCGUCGUACGUGCGCGCCGCCUGCCUCUGCUCAGGCUGCAUCCAGAUCAACGGCAGCAAAAUCUCGGAGAACUUCGACUUCAACUCGGCGGCGUUGAUACAGAACCGCAUCUUCCUGAAGCGCCAGCUGUGCGAGGAUGGCAAGUCAUACCGCCUGGUGCCCGAGAGCGUGAAGGUGGAGGUGGGCUGCACCUGCGUCGUGCCCGAGCGGAUCGUCACGCGCUGACCCACUAUUUAUUAUCAAACUCUCUAUUUUUAUACACCGAUGGCCUCGUCAUCAAAGAAUGGCUAUUAUAUAGUUUUAUUUAACAUUCCACUAAUAUAUUUGACCUAUUUAUUUGUCUGGGACGGUGUGAGAGGACUGUAUUUAUUCUGGCU